UUUCAAGGGUUUUAUUAUACUUAUAUAAAAAGAAAAAUGUCUUUUUCUAAAGAUCUUACUACCUUAUCUUUUAUUAAAGAGUAUAUUAAUAAUAGCUCUAUAGUAAAGUCUACUAAGCUAGAUAAUACUAUAAAAGCUAUUAUUAACUCUUUAAUUAAAGAUAAGAAAAAUAGUAUUAAGUCUUUUAUACUUAUAGAAUAUCUUAAUUCUAUAAGGAUAGUCUACUAUCUUAAAAGACUAAAGUACUAUAAUCUAGAAAAGGCUAAAACCUUUAAUAAACUUAUAUUUAAUACUAAUAAGAAGUAUAAGUCUAUUAAUUUAGACUAUUCUUCUUAUAUUAUUAAGUAUAAAGAAGACCUUUUUCUUAAAAAGGAGUUUUAUAAGUUAAACUUAUAUCUUUUAUACUAUUCUAUCUUAUUUAAAGAUAAUAAUCUUAUUACUAGCUUUUUAGCUAAAGGAAUUUUUUCUAAAGAAGAAGUUUCUAAAGCUAGAGAUUUAAGCUAUAAUAAGGAUUAUACUAGUUCUUUAAAAGAAAAGUUUAUAUCUAAGGAUAUCUACUUUCUUAAAGAACUAAAUAAGUAUAAUUCUCUUUAUAGUCUUAAAGAAGUUAGUAUUAUAAAAGAUAAAAAGGAAAAGCUUUUACUAUUACUAAGUAGUAAAGACCUUUAUAUUAAUUCUACCUUUUAUAUAGACUUUAUCUAUAGAGAAAUCUAUAAUAAAGACUAUACUAAUAAGGUAGAAUUAGAAAGAAAGGUAGAAAGAGCUAGUACUAAUAGGAAGGAAAUUAUUAAAAGGAUUAAAGAUACUAUUAACUUAGAAAUUUAGCUAUUACUUUUAUAUAAUUCUUAGGGUUUAGGGGAUUUAGUAUUUAGACUACUAUAGACAUUUAACCGUAUCUAUAGGGUAAGUCUACCCUUAUAUCUAGAGGUCCGACUAACUAUAAUCCGACGAAGGAAGUAACUUAAUUCUAUUAAAACCCCGCCCGGCGUCGCUCGUCUUAGUACGUAGAUAGGACUUAAUUCUAUUAAAAC